AUGCAACGUCUACUCUCCAUAGGAAAUUUCAAAUUAGCAGCAGUUGUAAAACCUAUACGACCAAGGUAUUUUACUUCAGUCAAACAAUCAAAAGUUCCAUUACCUGAAGAAUGGUCUAAACUUGUAACUAAAGAACUAAAAGGAAAAGAUCCAGAAAAGGUUUUGACGUGGCACACUUCUGAGGGCAUAGAUGUCAAACCUGUAUUUACAAAAGCUGAUGUAGAAAAUGUUGCGGAUGAAGUUCCUGGAAAAUAUCCUUUUACAAGAGGUCCUUACGCGUCCAUGUAUACUGCAAGACCAUGGACCAUACGACAGUAUGCUGGAUUCAGUACAGUUGAAGAAUCCAAUGCUUUUUAUAGAAAAAAUUUAGCUGCGGGUCAACAAGGAGAUGUAGGUAUGGCUGGUGUAGCAAUUGACUCAGUUGAAGACAUGAAGAUUCUUUUUGAUGGUAUACCUUUAAAUAAAAUGUCAGUAUCAAUGACAAUGAAUGGUGCAGUUUUACCAAUUUUGGCAAUGUAUAUUGUCACUGGUGUAGAACAAGGUGCACAGUUAAAAGAACUUUCAGGCACUAUCCAAAAUGAUAUUUUAAAAGAGUUUAUGGUUCGUAACACCUUCGUUUAUCCUCCUGAACCAUCCAUGAGGCUUAUUGGUGAUAUAUUUUCUUAUAUUGCAAAGCAUAUGCCAAAAUAUAAUUCCAUUUCUAUAUCAGGAUAUCAUAUGCAAGAAGCUGGAGCUGAUAAUGUACUUGAAUUGGCUUUUACAAUUGCUGAUGGUUUGGAAUAUAUCAGAACAGGCAAGGAUGAAUUUUUACAUGCAAAAAUGCGAGCAGCUAGACGUUUAUGGGCACAUAUGGUAAAUGAAAAAUUUCAACCAAAAAAUCAAAAAUCGUUGAUGUUACGUACGCAUUGUCAAACAUCCGGAUGGUCACUUACAGAACAAGAUCCGUAUAAUAAUAUUGUACGAACAACUAUUGAAGCGAUGGCAGCAGUACUUGGUGGCACGCAAUCUCUUCACACAAAUUCAUUUGAUGAAGCUAUUGGACUUCCUACAGAGUUUUCGGCAAGGAUUGCCCGGAAUACACAAUUGAUUCUGCAAGAAGAAGCAUUUAUACCCAAGGUCGCUGAUCCAUGGGGUGGCAGUUAUAUGAUGGAAAGUUUGACUAAUUGUGUUUAUGAGUCUUCGAGAGAAAUUAUUGAAGAAGUUGAAAGCAUGGGUGGUAUGGCAAAAGCCGUUGCGAGCGGUUUACCCAAAUUAAAAAUUGAAGAAAGUGCAGCUCGACGGCAGGCUAGAAUUGAUUCUGGACAGGAGACAAUUGUGGGAGUUAAUAAGUAUCGUCUUGAAAAAGAAAUUGCAGUUGAAGCUCGAGCCAUUGACAAUAGCAAAGUAAGAGAUGGACAAAUAAAGCAUAUAAAUGAAAUGAAAGCUAAAAGAGAUCCUGUCCGGGCUCAAAAAUCUUUGGAGGCUCUUACUGAAUGUGCAAAAACAGGAGAUGGAAAUUUACUUGAAUUAUCAAUAGAAGCAGCAAAAGCAAGAUGUACAGUUGGUGAAAUAUCUUACGCAUUAGAAAAAAUAUGGGGUCGUCAUGAACCUAGUAGCAGAGAAACAGGAGAAAAAUUAGGUGUUAAUCCCAGAAUUUUAGUGGCAAAAUGCGGUCAAGAUGGACAUGACAGGGGAGCGAAAGUGAUCGCCUCGGCAUUUAGUGAUUUCGGAUUUGAUGUUGAUUUAUCACCAUUAUUUAGUACUCCGGAGGAAGUUGUACGUCAAGCAAUUGAUAAUGAUGUACAUGUUAUUGGUAUAUCAUCACAAGCAGCCGGUCACAAAACACUUGUACCAGCCGUAAUCCAAGAACUUCAUCGAUUAGGUGUUAAUGAUAAAAUUGUGGUGGUUGGUGGUGUAAUUCCACAUCAAGAUUAUCAAUUUUUAAAAGAUGCUGGUGUAAGUUCUAUCUUUGGACCGGGCACAAAAAUUCCUGAAGCCGCCAAAGAAGUUGUUUUAAAAAUACAAGAUGUGAUACGGAAAGAUGAUCAUGCUUCUUCUAAUACUUUAUGA